AUGUGGACUGCUUUUAUUAGUGUCCUGUGCUUCUUGGCUGACCAUUCUUCUUGGAUAUUGGGUCUGUAUAUUAUCAGCUUGCUCUUGAGGCUUGGGAGAAUGGGGAUGCUUUUAAGAGGCGGGCAGGCUGCUGAUUGUUUUAAGAGGGAAUGGGAAUGUGGUAUGCAGAUUGACGUCUUUGGAUGCAGUGAAGUAUCAUUGGGCCGUAGAGCAGCACUUGCUGACACAUAA